GCGGCAGCCAAUGGCGAUCCCGGCGGCCCUCGGUUCGGCGUGGGGGGGGUCGUGCCGCGGAGCUUCGGCACCGCAGCGCUCGGCCGGGUGCCCUGGGGCAGAACGGACUGAGCCCGGGAUAUGCGGCCCCGAGGACAUCUCCCCGCUCGGAGGCCGUAGCCAUGAGCAGCGACUCCUCCACCUCAUCCUCCCCACCCCGGGUGGGCAGCCCCAUCCCGCAGCCCCCCGGGAGCACGGAGCUGCUGCGCUGCCCGUCCUGCCGCCUCCUCCUCUGGGAGCCGGUGACCGUGUCGUGCGGGCACUCCUUCUGCAAGCCGUGCCUCGGCAAUGCCGUGCCCUCCCGCUGUCCCGUGUGCCUCCGCCGGCUGAAGCUGCUGGGCGUCGAGGCGGCGAGGUGCAACGUGGUGCUCUGUAACCUGCUGGAGAAGUGCGAGGAGAGGGAGAGCCGCUCGGCCAGGCUGGCAGCACGCGUCCGGCAUCACCUCGCCCGUGGAGACCUGCAGAAUGCGCUGGGGAUGGCCCAGAAGGGCGUUGAGAUGGCCCUGGAGGACACGUCCCUGCGUCUGUGCCGGGCAGAGGCCUUGGUGGCCCUGGGGCGGUACCCAGAGGCCCUGCAGGACCUGGAGACUGUGUGCAGGGCCAGGCCCAUGGAGCAUGAGGGCUUCUACAGGAAAGGGAAGGUGCUCCUGGAGAUGGGACAGAGAGCCGAAGCUCUGCUGGCAUGGGAGCACUGCCUGAUGCUCAGUCCUCGCUUCCAGCCUGCGCGGAGAGAGAUGGAGAAGGUCCUCACGUGGGAGGAUGCUCCUCAGCCGUGUGCUGCCCGCCAGGGCUCAUCAGGUCCCCAGGAAGAGGGGGAUGAAGGGGACUCUGCAUCCUCCUCCACGCGAGUUCAGGAACAGGAGGAAGAGCCGGAGGUUGGCAGGAGGGAUGCGGUGUCUGAGCACGGCCAGGGGACACCCGUGGGGCGACAGCAAGCGCCGGGGGCUGCAGCCCAGAGGGAGGACAGGCAAGCAGCUAAUGAAGAGGAAACAGCAGCAACAAGUAACCUGCUGCACCUCAGGGACCUGCUGAGUGUUUCUGACUUGGAGUGCUCCCUCUGCAUCCGGAUGUUCUUUGAGCCGGUGACGACGCCGUGCGGACACACCUUCUGCAAGGAAUGCCUGGAGCGCUGCCUGGACCACCGUCCCAACUGCCCGCUCUGCAAGCAGAGCCUGCGAGAGUACCUGAAGGCGGGGAGCUACAGCCCCACGCUGCUGCUGCAGGACAUCAUGCUGGCUGCCUUCCCUGCACAGCUGGCUGAGCGCCGCGAGCUGCACCAGGCUGAGAUGGCUGAGCUCUCCAACCUGACCACGAACAUCCCCAUCUUCGUGUGCACGAUGUCCUUCCCUGGUGUCGCCUGCCCCUUGCACAUCUUCGAGCCCCGCUACCGCCUGAUGAUCCGGCGGUGCCAGGAGACCGGCACCAGGAGGUUCGGCAUGUGCAUAUAUGAGCAUGGGAAGAGCUUUGCCGACUACGGCUGCAUGCUGGAGAUCCGGCAGCUGGAGCUGCUGGCAGAUGGCAGGUCACUGGUGGACACCAUCGGUGGGCGCCGGUUCCGGGUGCUGAGACGUGGACACAGAGAUGGCUACAACACUGCCGACAUCGAGUACCUGGAGGACAAGAAGGUGGCUGGGGAGGAGCUGCAGGAGCUGCAGAGCCUGCAUGAGAGCACCUACCAGCUGGCUCAGAGGUUUUGGGAGCACGGGGACGUUGCCUCCAGGCACCUUUUGUUGCAGCACGGACCGCUGCCAGAGAAGGAAGAGGACAUCCAGGCUUCUGCUGAUGGCCCAAUGUGGUGCUGGUGGCUGAUCUCCAUCCUGCCCCUUGACCCAUCCUUCCAGCUCAGGCUCUUCUCCAGCACCUCACUGCAUGCCCGCCUGGCCCAGCUGCAGCGUGUCCUCCUGGCCCUGCUGCAAACCCCACCUGAGCACAGCCCCCGGGGCCUCGUCUGAACCCCCAAACUCUUCGCAUGGGAGAAUGCAGCCCCUUGGGUUUCUUUGUGCAUUUCUUUGUGGUUUGAGUCCUACCAAAAGGAACCUUAGUGAGGUUGGUGCUGCUGCCAGCAGUGACUCAAUGCCGUCCAUGCUGUCCCCAUGAGGAGUGACAUGGACUUGCCAUACCACUGGAGGGAACCAUGUCAGAAAGUUAGGUUGUGCCUUUAGAAGCCAAAAUCCCUUGCUGAACUACUUUGGCACUAAGGAAGACUGUCCUUAGGGUAGAGGACUGAGUGGUGGGGCUCUUCCCCUCUGAAGGACAACGUAAGGCUUUGGGUAGUGGUCCCACUCCACGUGGGAGGAGGGAUGGGGUAUAAAGUCAUGGGAGAUGUGGCACGAGGAAGUCCUGUUGCCUUUCUCUGGCCUCAGGAGCUCAAAGCUCAGCCUCUGGGUGAGAGUUUGGCCUAAUUUCCAAUGUGAACUAGAAGAAAAGUUAAAUUAAAUGACCUGAAAUCCAUGAUUCCAUCCCCACAGCCAGGCAGCAGGGGGCUGGGUGCUCACCACCCCCAGUGAAGUGGGGCCGGGAUGAGUGGGCUCCAAGAUGGUGAGGGGAGAAUGAAGCCCGGCAGAGAUUUUGUGUGACUUUCUGCCUCUCGAGCAGUGUGAUUUCACCGUGUUGAGAAUUUCUCUGUGAACUUUCUGCCUACUCCGGAGAAAGGAGCUGGGGCAGAAUCCUUUGAUGUAGGACUGGGGACAGCUCAGGGACUCCUGAACUAGCACACAUAGAAGGCAAAGGGAGCCAGUGGCAGAUGCUGUGAACCCCACGCAGGGGAGCAAGUGCCUGUCUGUAAGUGCCUGACUGCUGCUUGUCUCCAAAGAAAGGGAAAACAUUACUCACCCGCCCUAGACAGGGAAGGCUUUGCUCCAUAGAAACCCUGAAGUAUUGGAAUUUUCAUCUCCCAUUCGUAAUUUCAGUGGCUUUACGUGAAAUUUAGGAUUAAUAUACGCAGUGUGAGUCAAGGGAUUAACAUUUCUUCCAGCAUCUUAUCCCUGCUUUUCCCAUACACGCCACGGAGGAGCUGGCACAGGGUAGGGUGAGGAAAUGGGGUUGGGACUGCAGGGCUCCUCCCCGUUCAUCACUCCUGUGUUAGCUCCUCCUGGGCCUCUGUGUAAGGGUGGUGGAGCAGCACCGGCUUUUGAGAAGUGCCUUUCUGUGCUGCAGGGUGGCUGUGAGCCAGCCCAUGGCCACCAUGGGUCCCCCUAUGGUCCUGGUCUAUAUCUGCAGUGGGCACUGGAGCCACAUCUGCCUGGUGUGCUGCAGGAAGGGACUCGAGCAAACUGCUCCCGUUGGCUUGGAGUGCCUUUGGGAUUGUCUUAGUGUCCUGUCUUUUUAAUUAUUUUUUCCUCAUCGUCGUUGAAAUAAAGACUUUUUUUGGUUGUUGUUUCAUCA